GAAUUGCGUGCAUGUUUGGCCAAAUGCUUUCAGUCUCACAUCGAACACCCGUUGCCUGACACCAUGUAGCGUACGCUUUCUCGUCAUUUCAGCCCACCACCAACAAUAACACACACACAACACAACCGAGAAAUUUCAAUCGCAGAGCGUGUAGAACUGAACAUUUCUGUACUUAGCAUUUUGUGUUCGUGGUUUGGUUUUUUUUUCGUUCGUUCCUUUUUCAAUAAGCGAAAUAUCGUGAACAGAAGGUGAAGAGAGGCAAAAACACACAUCAUUAUUAAAAAUUUACAAAGUUUUCGUUUCGGUUUGCUUUAUUUUUGUUACUUUCUUCGUUCGAUAAUAAUUGAGGCAGGGCGUUGUGCUUAUUCGGUUGCGUAUUUUAUUGCGAAAAAUUUGAAACAGAAACCGAUUCCAUUUCUCCAGUGUGGACAUUUUUUUCGGUAGAUUUUUCAAAAAUCGUUUGUUGAUUGUUCAGUUAAGUGUAGUUGUCGUUUUUUGUUUAUCGCACGCGGGUCAUGACAUCGUACAGCGUGUAUCAAUGUGACGAAUGAAUACCAUUUAUUUAUUUCGUUUAGUUCCUGUCAUCGUUGCUUUUGUUUAUUCGGAAAAUGUGCAAAAAGUGUGAAAAUUGAGAAAAAUAAUAAAUAAAGAAAAACAUUCGAAAAUCAAAAAAAGAGAAAGUGAAAAGGUGGACAACAAAAUCGGUGUUUAUUUCGCCGUUGUCGUCAUCGUGCGUCGAAUAUCCAAAACGGACGGCCGCCCGGAUAUUAGUCACAAACAUUUCAAUCAAAAUUAAUUAAGGGAAAUUUUUCAAUCAAAAAUAUCGACACACACUCACGGUGUCCCAACUCAACCAACGUAACAGAAUCAGGCAAAUGCAACCAAUCAAUCGACAAUAAUAAUCACAAAUUUGCGAAGCAGCAUCCAAGGUUUGGACAGCAGCACACCUCCCCACAAAUUGAAAUAACCAUCAACGUAUUCAAUACGCAGCAACAACACGGAUCAACGGAGAAUAAACGCAUUGGCAAAUGAUGUGUUCGCAAUCAACGCAUCAACAACGACAUGGCCGAUUUAGAAUCGAUCAUUGAAUUUUCGAUUGAAUUUUAUAAAUUUCACAAUGUCGAUCUAUUCCAAAGAGGGUUCUAUCAAGUGCGAUGCUCGUUGCGUGUGUCACCGCGAAUAUCGGUGCAGAUUGAAGCGAGUGUUUUGGAGAGUUUGAACAAAGAGAUAACAUCGGCGACGGUAAUACGGGGCGCGGGUACAUCGAAAAUUUUUCAAAUUCUCUAUCGAAAUGAAGAGGUGAUACUCCGAGACACGGUCCUAUUCCGAGUACGGUUACCAGUCGAUAGCAAGAAUAUACGUCAAUCGAUUGAGCGUGCCGAAUUCUCAUUAAACGUUGAAUUAUGGUUUGGCGAACAAGCGCCCGGUAUCGCUCUCAAUCUGGUCUCAACACGUACGCUUCAGUUGAAUUUUCAUCCCAUUCGUGGUCUUCACUAUCAUUUGCCGGUUUUAUUCGAUUAUUUUCACAUGGCUUCCGUUAGCUUGAGCUUGCAUGCAAGUUUAAUAUCGUUUCAGUAUAAUAGCCUCACAAAGAGCUCAAAAACAUGGAACGGAAGAUUAAGCUGUCGAGGUGGAACUUCAUCAAAUCAUAUCGAUAAACCGUCAAAACAUGCAACAUCCAAUCGCUUAUCAUUCACCAAACAGGUGCAUGGUGAAAUUUGUGCCUUACUCAUUGAAGUAUUGGAAUCGCUGAAAACCAAUUUAACCGACUUUAGCUGCGUGUUACCAAAACAAUGGAUCGGUUUGAUAAGUGUAACAACAAGCAAUAUAAAUCCGUCUGAACGACUCGAACAAUUAACCAACCGUACAAAGAAAUGCAAUUCUGAUGAGAAUUUUCUACAACGAGCCAGAGCCGAUUUGAAGCAACUGUGUGACGAUUGUUCAUUGUGUUGGAAACGAACAUUGGCGGCAGCGAGCCAACCAUCGGUGCAUGGUUUGUUGGCCAAACGACAUCAUACGCUGCGCGUGAAACGAUUUGCCGAAGGAUUUUUUGUGAAAAGUAAUGCACGUCAAACGGCCACAAUGUGCAACGAUUCCAAUUAUCACAAUUACAAUGCAAUUUAUGAAGCGGCCAAACGAUCGCGAUACAUCAAUUCCCUCCCACUUUUGCCUGUACAUUGCACCCCAAUUGAUGGCGAUGCUAACUCAUUACCCCUCAUUUUCGAAGAUAAAUACGAAGGACUCACUGAAUCGUUAAAUACUCAACAUUUCACAGAGCAUUCCGAGGAGCAAGCGCCGCAUGGUUGCUGCAAAAGUGAUUGUGUGUGUCCGAUGCAUGUGAAUUGGUCGAAUGGUGUAAGCAAUGGCAAUGGUAAAUAUGUUGGUGUCUUAACGCCGCGUCUCGCCCUUGGUGGUGAUAUACUACAAGCCAGUCUCACCAUCACACCGUCGGCUCACAAUAAUUUGGUGCAACGAACAAUGUCCGCACGGCAUUCGGUACCGGUUUCAAAUGCCAUGUUGCAUCCCAGUCUAUUUUACGAUUAUGGCAAUGGCAAUGGCACGGUAUUUCCAUCGACGCGCCACAGCAAAUCACUCGAUCAAUUGGAAUUGUCAGCGAUAAACAAUCAUCAUCAGCAUUCAACGUCGAAUGGCAUUGCCUAUGGUGCCCACUUAAUACCAUAUGAAAAUGAAUUGCUUGAAAAUGCUGAAAUGUGCGAGCUCACAUCACUGUCAGACGAUAAUGGACGCAAUGAAAUGCAGGCAAUGGCACACAAUGAAUUUCCAAUCACCGGCCAUAAAAUGUUGGAACGAACAAAAAGUGCCAAUGGUGAUUAUACGAAUGGUCGUAGCAGUUCGUUGAAGACGAAGUCGACGACGAAAAAAGGUUGUUCAAAGGCAAUCACAUACGAUAGCAUCAGUUCGAAAAAGUUGCUGCACAACGAAUCGUUUAAGGAGAACGAACCGGCGAAGGUGACGAGUCAAAGUGCGCGUUGCAAUGGCAAGAAUGAAAUGUAUGUUAUGCGAUCGGAGCGAAUAGUGAUGCCACGAAAUCCACCGAUACAAUUGAAAAAAUCCAAUAAGCUAUUCAAUGGACGGGCAUCGAAUUUUCGUGUAACCAACAACAAUGGCACGGAUAAAUUGAAUAUAUCGAGUAGUUCGGAAAAUGAACCGUCACCCGUGCGAAAAGUGAGCAAACGAAAACGAAAGCUAACACUAUCGUCCAGUGUACCGCUGCGAAUGGAAAAUUUCAAUGGAAAUUCCCGGGUGGGCAGCGAAAGUUUACCGAAUUUAUUGCAAAAUGUGUUGACAAUGUCUACGUCACAAUCGAUUAACUGGCCGGUGGUGAUAAGUGACACUGCCAGUCCAUGGAAUUUGAGUGAGAAAAGUUUGAAUGUAUCGGACUCGGAACGUGAAAAAUGUGGCUCGAAUCAGCGUCGAUGGUCAACAAACAAUGGCCAAUAUCUGCAAGUUGAACGGCAGCAAAUUUUGCGCAAAGAUUUCAAAAUGGAUAACAUUAAAUGUGAACAAGAAGAGGAUUGGUUUGAAAUAAAACCGUUACCUGAACGACAUUUGUACAUACGCAAAGAUUUACUACUGAACACGGACAAAGAUAGCAAUAGUAUUCGUGGGAAAAUGUUAUCGGAAAAAUCCAAAUCCGAAUUCAAUUUGAAUUUAUUGACACCGCCCGACCAAUUUCGUGAUCCACCGUCAACGCAAUGCGAAACCAGCUCAACCAAUAGUACCGACAAUGAUGAUGAUGAUGAAGAUACUACUACCAAUACCAUUGAUUUUGCGGACGAUGAUGACGCAGUGGUAACGGAACGCCGACAAAAUAUCAUAAAAUCACAAAGCAACCGAGAUCUUUCCUAUCAAAAUGAAUUUAACAACCGAACAAUGGACACCUUUGAUGUGGUUCAAGCACUACCAGCUGCCGUUGUUGAGCAUAUAACAGACAAUGAAGUUGAUAUCGAUGAUGGCGGAGUCGGCAUCGAUGACGACACCAACGAUGACAAUGAAGACACAAUGAAUGAACAACAGACCAAAGUCACACUACCCCUUAUGGAAUUCGAAAAGUGUCGCAUCGAAUUUCGUAAGCAAAUCAAAUAUUCCGGCCAAAUGUAUUGCGAUUUCAUUAAAUUCGCAUCUGAACUACCAUAUUUCCAUAUCAACGAUGAAUAUCGAGCACUAUCGCCAAAUGGCAUGCAUUUAAUCGUUUGUGUUCAUGGUUUGGAUGGAAAUUCAGCCGAUUUACGAUUGGUGCGCACAUAUUUGGAGCUCGGUCUACCCGGUGCCAAUUUGGAAUUUUUGAUGUCCGAACGCAAUCAGGGUGACACAUUUUCCGAUUUCGAAACGAUGACUGACCGAUUGGUGUCGGAGAUAUUGUAUCAUAUCGAUAGUUGUGGCUUAAAUCCAACGCGAAUCUCAUUUGUGGCGCAUUCUUUGGGCACGAUAAUUGUACGUUCGGCAUUAUCACGGCCGCAGCUUCGUCCCAUUUUGCCUCGAUUGCACACAUUCCUGUCACUCUCCGGCCCGCAUUUGGGCACUCUGUUCAACAGUAGCGGCUUAGUCAAUAUGGGUAUGUGGUUCAUGCAGAAGUGGAAAAAGUCUAGUUCAUUAUUGCAACUGUCUUUACGUGAUAAAUCCGAUUUGCGUAAAAGUUUUCUGUACAAAUUGAGCACGGUCAGCACUUUACACUACUUUAAAAAUGUACUGCUGUGCGGAUCCAGCCAGGAUCGAUACGUGCCAUCACAUUCGGCCCGCAUGGAACUCUGCAAAGCAGCUGUUCGUGAUAACUCAAUUUUGGGAGCGGUUUAUCGUGAAAUGAUCCACAAUAUUUUGUCACCGAUGUUGGCCCGUCCCGAUUUAACCUUCAUCCGUUACGAUGUGCAGCAUGCGCUGCCAAAUACGGCUAAUGCAUUGAUUGGUCGUGCUGCGCACAUAGCCGUUCUCGAUUCCGAGCUAUUUAUCGAGAAAUUUCUAUUAGUUGCUGGUUUAAAAUACUUUAGAUAAACGUCAAUUAGUUACCUGCCUGCUGUGAAAUAAAAUCCCCCUAUGUUAACUUUAAAUAUGUCGUCCUUUUUGUGAAACAAAAAAAAAACUAUUCAAUUCCAAAGACACCUUAUUUAAACGAAUGAAAAAAGAAAAAUAAUUAGUUGUGAUUUCUCCUAUCUCCUUGUUCGAAACGAAUUGUUUUUAUUUCCCUUUCUUUUUCUUACGUGUGAUACGACUGAAUUUCCUCUUCUAUUGACACCGAAUAAAUUAGACUAUUGAUAACAAAUGAAAUUGUACCCAUUGACAAAUCAAAUCGGUUAAAACAAGAAAAUAACAAAUAAAUCACUUAAAAUUGUAUUUUGGUCGUUAUUGCACAUACGUAAUGAUUCUUCCACGGUUAUAACACGGUGGUUAACAAAUUUUAACGAUAUUUUUUAUUGUGAAUAAAACAAAACAAAACCAAACCAAAAAAA